UCCGUUAUUGUCUGAUAUUCAAAAGUAUCUGUCUUUUACGUCUUACACGCCAUGUCAAAAUCUAUCAAGACAAGAAAAGUGAAUCUAUCCAUCCAUAAUCUACGCCUCAACAAUUCUCAAAAUCCAUUGUCCAAAAAGAAUCAAAUAUAAAAUAUCGUAAUUCAUAAAACAUCUCUUGGGGGAAAAAAAGAAAAUUAAAAACCCGGAAAAAUGGAAGCCAUUGGUGUGUCAAGUGAGAGCCAAGUGAAGAAGGCCAAGACGGGAUUGGAAGGAACAGGUUUGGAUCUUCCACCCAAUCGCCAUGGAAACUUGAAGAGUGCUUCCUCUGACCAAAACUUCAAAGAAAUUCUCAUGGAAAUCAAGACUUCCAAAACUGCAGUGAUCAACUAUGGAGCAUCUUGGUGCCGCGUUUGCAGCCAGAUCCUCCCUUCAUUUUGUAGGCUAAGUAAUGAUUUUCCAAAGCUUUCAUUCAUCUACGCCGAUAUCGACGAAUGCCCCGAAACUACCCUGCAUAUUCGGUAUACACCUACCUUUCAAUUUUACAGAGAUGGUGAGAGGGUGGAUGAGAUGUUUGGUGCUGGAGAAGAGCGGCUUCAUGAUCGGUUGUGGCUGCACUCUUAAGGAUAGUGUGUAUUGUUGUAUGAUAUGUUUGCAGUAUAGUGAUCUAUACAAGUGACUUUCUUGUUAUGACUUCCUCUUUCCUUUGUAUUUGAAUGGUGUAAUUAGUGACAUGGCAAUUGCAAAAUUGACAAGCCCUUUUCUACAUGAUAAAUAUUAUGCUCACUUGAACA